GAUCCCUCUUGCUUAAUUUGCAUGUACGCCGCGCAGUGUCUGGAGUACCUUGCUGUACAGAGAAUCGAGCUUUGAAUGCAAAAAGCGAAGUCAAGUUACACUGGCUGGCUCUUCUUUUUUAUGGAGCAAAUCAUUUCAAAUCAAAAGAAAUCAAGAAACCUCCUCCCAAUCAUUCUACCCUCUUGGAAUUCUUCUUCCAUUUAAAUUUGAUCGGCAGAUUUAGAUUUGGUGUUAAACUAUUCUUUCAUGGAAACUACGUUUUCAAUUCCAUCUGUAAAGAUGCUGGGAAGAAUCCCACUCCCCUCCCACUGAUGGCUUCUUGCUAUAUUUAAGUCUCAUGAUUUCAAUCUGUCCUUUUUUUUUUUUUAUAGAUAGGCAAAUGAGAAUCAUUGAUCGAACCAGCAAUCAAUGCUGUUAGGAAGCAGGAUUUCGCAACAAAUUUUGUAAGAUCGCAUCCUCUUAAACUCUCCUUAAUGCUCUGCUUAUUUUCAUCAGUGGAACCCAAAGCUGGAAUUGCAGGAGGAGGAAAUUAGGUCGAACAAAUUACAAUGUCGAGGCAAGGGCGGGCGAUGAUGGAGAGUCUGAUGGGACCCACCAAGAUCCGGAAAAGGGGUUGCUCCUCCUCCUCGUCUUCGUCGUCGAGAAUCCACAACAAACGGGCCAUUUUGCGGGGCAAGAAUCGGGCCGGGCUCGGGAUCGCUCUGGGAAGAUCCAGAUCCGGCACCCCUGCGCCGGCGUGGAGGACUACCCCUUUGAGGAGCGCCGUCGACUCCCCCAAACACUCUCAGAGCGGCAAAUCCACCAGACCGGUGUCUGCUCGGCGGCUCGCCGCCACGCUAUGGGAGAUGAACGAGAUGCCGUCGCCGGCGAAGAUGAGCGAGAGCAACUUGGAGCUGAUGAAGCACCUGCAGAAGAAGAAGAACGGGAAUCAUAAGAUGGUUUCGAAGAAGGAAAAACUUCAGCCCGGAUGGGGACUGCACAUCAGCUCCGGCUCCGGCUCCGGUCAUCUCCCACCGCACUUAUCCGAUCCCUCGUACAGUCCUUCCGUUUCAGAGAAAUUGGAGCGGAGAAGGACACCUUCUCAGAGGAUCACAUCAGCUGAACAGAUUGCUGGAGCUUUUGAUUCCAUCAGCCGUGCAAGUUUCAUGGAGAUCGAGAGCCGAUCGCGCCCUCCGACUUCCAGUGGAUCGGUAAACGGCUGCAGGAGCCGUCUGAAGGAUGUAAGCAAUGCACUGACUACCUCCAAAGAGCUGCUGAAGAUAAUCACUCGAAUCUCGGGUCAUUCGGAUCAGAAUUCAUCGAGCAUGUCUCUGAUUUCAGCCCUGCAUGCCGAGCUGGAGAGAGCUCGUUUGCAGGUCAAUCAGUUCAUUCACGAGCAACGGGCGGAUAAAAGUGAGAUAAGCUAUAUGAUGAAGUGUUUUGCUGAGGAAAAGGCGUCGUGGAAGAGCAAAGAGAGCCAAGUAGUCGAGGCUGCAGUGGCGUCUGUUGUUGGCGAACUAGAGGUAGAGCGAAAGCUGAGGCAAAGACUCGAGAGCUUGAACAAGAAACUCGGGAAAGAAUUGUCUGAAAUGAAGUUGUCACUUGUUAAGGUUGUUAAGGAACUGGACAGUGAGAAAAGAGCGAGGGAGAUAACCGAGCAGAUGUGCGAAGAAUUAGCUCGGAAUGCUGACGGGGAGCGAGUUCAGAUGAAGCCACCAGAGGCUAAGCAUCAGUUUGAGGAGAGCACUUCUGCCAUUGGCAAGCUACGGAAACAGCUGGAGGUUUUUCUGAGAACGAAAGGGGAGAAAGAAGAAGAGAGAGGCGGCCAUCACAAUGUACAAGAAGACGACGAAAAGAUUGAUGACAGUGUAGACAGGAAAGAUGGAUCUGAAGAAAGUGAUCUUCUUGAACUGAACAUGGAUAAUAGUAAAGGGCCGAAAUGGGCGUCGUAUACCUCUGUUACUAAUGAGAUCAAACCAAGAAGCUCCAUUGUUUCGCUGCGAAAUUCUCCCCUUCAAAGAAGUGCGUCUGACGGGGUAGAGGUUUUUGACAGGGAUGGAGUUUAUGAGCUUGAGAGGGAAGCUCCAAGAAGAAGUCAUUACGACGGGACACAGAGGAAUAAAUCUGUUAAGAGCCUUGUUAAGGAUCACAAAUUGUCUAGCUCAAGGUUGUCGAUAUCCCAGAAAAACGAGCAGUCGUGGCCUUCCAGAGAUCCAUUCAAUAUGCUUGAGGAGAGGCCUGGUGCAAUACAAGGCUAUAGUUCCAAGUCAAGAACAGCAGCUGAAAGCCAUAGUAGAAGAUCUAAAUGGUGAAUUUAAUUCGUGCAGGCAACUUUAACCUAGAAAUCUCCGGAUUUAACAUCUUGUUGAUUUGGGUUCUUCACAUUCCCGAGUACUCGCCAGAAAACACCUGUGUUUUUUGAGUAUUACUGCUUUCUCAGAGCAAGUUUGUGCAGAAAGCAGUUCUUGUUCAUAUUUUAAAUGAAAUGUUUAUCAUGAA